UACCAAAAGCCCGUCAGCAAAACCCUCGAGAAAUCCCAAAAGCCCUAAACGGCUUAAAGCCUAAAACCCCACAAACCACACACACUCCAAGUCUCCGCCACUCCGAGGGAAGGCUGAAGCAAAUCCUUCUCUCUGCUUCUUCAUCCUCAUUUCCAAUGGCUGCGGUCGCUCUCAGAAAUCCUAGCUCCAGGCGCAUCCUCCCCUACUCCUCGCAAAUCUAUUGGUGUACCCGAGGAUCAGUUGGUUCUUCAAUCUCUGAAUCCAGUUUCGGAAAUGACCGAUCUUCUAGCCCCAAUCCUUGGUGGAGAUCCAUGGCCACCUUCACACGCACAAAACCUCAUGUGAAUGUUGGAACAAUUGGACACGUCGAUCAUGGAAAAACCACUCUGACUGCCGCAAUUACAAAGGUACUAGCAGAAGAGGGAAAAGCUAAGGCUGUAGCCUUUGAUGAAAUUGAUAAGGCCCCUGAAGAGAAAAAGAGAGGAAUUACAAUUGCGACGGCUCAUGUCGAGUAUGAGACUGUCAAGCGACACUAUGCACAUGUGGACUGCCCAGGACAUGCAGAUUAUGUCAAAAACAUGAUUACUGGAGCUGCCCAAAUGGAUGGGGGCAUUCUGGUUGUAUCUGCUCCUGAUGGGCCUAUGCCACAAACUAAGGAACACAUUCUGCUGGCUCGACAGGUCGGUGUGCCAUCACUUGUGUGUUUUCUCAAUAAAGUCGAUGCUGUUGAUGAUCCAGAGUUGUUGGAGCUUGUGGAAAUGGAGCUCCGUGAGCUUCUUAGCUUCUACAAGUUCCCUGGGGAUGAAAUCCCUAUUGUCCGAGGUUCGGCUCUGUCGGCUUUACAAGGCACAAAUGAAGAGAUUGGCAAAAAGGCAAUUCUAAAACUUAUGGAUUCUGUGGAUGAAUACAUUCCUGACCCUGUACGCCAGCUCGACAAACCUUUCCUGAUGCCAAUUGAAGAUGUUUUCUCAAUCCAGGGUCGUGGAACUGUUGCCACUGGUCGUGUUGAACAAGGGACCAUUAAAGUUGGUGAGGAAGUUGAGAUUCUGGGGUUGCAUCAGGGUGCUCCUUUGAAAACAGUGGUGACUGGUGUUGAGAUGUUCAAGAAAAUCUUGGAUCAUGGAGAAGCUGGUGAUAAUGUUGGUCUUCUUCUUCGAGGUCUAAAAAGGGAGGAUAUCCAACGAGGACAGGUAAUUGCUAAGCCAGGAACAGUGAAGACACACAAGAGGUUUGAAGCAGAGAUAUAUGUCCUCACAAAGGAUGAAGGUGGACGCCAUACUGCCUUUUUCUCAAACUACAGGCCUCAGUUUUAUAUGAGGACUGCAGAUAUCACUGGAAAGGUAGAAUUGCCUGAAGAUGUUAAGAUGGUUAUGCCUGGGGACAAUGUUACUGCAGUUUUUGAGCUGAUUCAACCGGUUCCUCUUGAAGCAGGACAAAGAUUUGCCUUGAGGGAAGGAGGUAGAACGGUUGGUGCAGGAGUUGUUUCUAAAGUACUCUGAGAUGAGAUUUUCCUGUGCUGGAUCCUUGAAUCUCUCUGUAUGCACAUUAGUGGAAAAAGGGGUGGGGAACCAAAAGAACUCUUCACUUAGAAAAAACUGACGUGUGGUAAUUGGUUACGUAAUCCGCAUUUCAUGAGUUUGUUUUAGGUAUUUUUGGUGAGAUCAUCUGUUUUAGGAAAAGAACAGAGUAAAUUAAGAAGGAAAUUUGGCACGUUUUCAUCCCCUAGUUUUUACCAAGGCUGUCAAUAAUGUGAUCAGGGUCAGUUCGUUCAAGUAAUUUAUAUUC